GUGGCUGCGCCGUGUUGUCCUGCUGCCCGCAGAGCUUUCUGGGUCCAACAGCGGAGGGAGAGUAGUUAGGUAGCGGCCUGUUUUAAGGGUCGGUUCCCCUUUAUAAUUAACAUACGAACACGGUGAAUUAACACCUGGUCAAAUAGCGAGGCGGCGGUGAAAGCAGGAGCCGAGCGGCGGAGCUGCGGAGAGCAUCUGUCCACAAAUCAGUGAGGUUAGCCCGGACUGAGCUAACAGCCAGAGCCGCGGAGAAGACUCUCAGUCUGCCGUGUCCUUAACUUCACAAGCCAACAAACUACGUGAGGACUUCAAGAAACUUUGUCGACACGCGAGGGGAGUGCGAGUAUGUGGUUGGAGCCACGGGCGCUGUAGGAUGAAGAGCCCGGCGCACCGCACCAGGGACAUCGAGAGGCAAGCUGGCUACCUGAAGCCUGAGCACUGCACCCCUCCCCCGCCCCGCACCGGCUCCGACACCAUGUGGUUCAUCCGCGACGGCUGCGGCAUCGUGUGUGGCGUCAUCACCUGGUUCCUGGUCUUCUACGCCGAGUUUGUGGUGGUGUUCGUCAUGCUGCUGCCCGCCAAGAACAUCAUCUACAGCCUCUUCAACGGGGUGAUCUUCAACGCCCUCGCUUUCCUCGCCCUCGCCUCUCAUGCCAAGGCGAUGUGCACAGACCCGGGCGCCGUGCCUAAAGGGAACGCCACCAAAGAAUUCAUUGAGAGCCUGCAGCUGAAACCAGGACAGGUGGUGUACAAGUGUCCCAAAUGCUGCAGCAUAAAGCCUGACCGAGCUCACCACUGCAGUGUGUGUAAACGCUGCAUCAAGAAGAUGGACCACCACUGUCCCUGGGUGAACAACUGUGUCGGAGAGAACAACCAGAAAUACUUUGUGCUCUUCACAAUGUAUAUUGCACUAAUAUCCCUCCAUGCGUUACUCCUGGUGGCCUUCCAUUUCAUUUUCUGCUUUCAAGAAGACUGGACAAAGUGCAGUAACUUUUCUCCACCAGCGACUGUCAUCCUCCUCAUCCUCCUCUGCUUCGAGGGUCUCCUCUUUCUCAUCUUCACUGCUGUCAUGUUUGGGACGCAAGUCCACUCCAUCUGCACCGACGAGACGGGAAUCGAACAGCUAAAGAAGGAGGAGAGACGAUGGGCCAAAAAGUCAAAGUGGAUGAAUUUGAAGGUGGUUUUCGGUCACCCGUUCUCUAUAGCCUGGCUGAGCCCCUUUGUAGCACCCGACCACGGCAAGGGGGACUUGUACCAGUACAUUGUGUGAGAGCUGGAGGCCUCGCUGAGCUCUGCUGCUGCGGAUUUCGCUGUCUGCCCUCCUAUUGGCUGGACCUCAACGAGCAUGAACUCCUCUUACAUUUUUCUUUUGUUUAUGGAUAUUAUGUCUAUUGAUAUUUCAGGGUGUUCUGUUGUAAGCUACGUUGUCAAAAUGUUUAUUUUUUAAAACUUGUCACCUUUUUUUUUAAACUUUAUUGUUUCCCUCUUGAUGCUGACUGAGAUUAACAGAGUGUUGCUGUACAAAAAACAAGAAAGAAAACAUCUCAAACCGAGCUACAACAAGAAGCACUUAAUAAGUGAAACGACACCAAGAGACUGAGUUCUUCCUGCGGUAUGUCUCAUCAUUUCCCGCUUUAAAGACUAAACAAUGUGAACUUGAAACUGAAGUCCAGAACGUUUUUUCGCAGUCCGGGAGCCAAGGUGGACUCCUGGUUUUGUCUUCCUGUAUCAUUGCUGUGAUCCCGUCACUCCUUUAUCUGCUGUAUUCCUGUCGUUGCAAUAGUCUGAAGCUGAAUGCUGCAGAUGAUUUGCCUUAGAACAGUAUGUUUGUGAACGGUGGCAUGAUCUAUUUUUUAACAAAUUUCUAUUGUUUUGCCUUAAUGUGGCAGUCAGGUUGAGACAGGGUUGUGUCCUUUGAUGCCAGAUAGGUGGAUUAGUUUAGGUUGUCUAAGGAAUGUUUUUUGACACUAAAUUUGAUCAAAUUUUCUUUCGACUUACAUACUUUUAGUCUGCACUAAACACUACACUUAUCUGGUACUCCAAGAAAGCUGAAACAAAUCAUGUAAUAACACAGUUUGGUUGUUUUUUUUGUUGUUUAGAUUUGCCAUUAGCUGAAUUCCUGCUCAGACUGGUGCUUUGAAGGACUUUUAAAAGCUGUAGGUUAAGCAGCCUCAGUUAUAUUAUAAUCCUUAAGAUUUCAGUCCUGCUUGAUUUGUCAACACGAGUCAUUGGCAGUAUUAACAGCAAUCCUACAGAAAACGCUCUUUAAACAGUAACAGAAGAGCAACUGGGGUGCUUUGUGAUAAACGGUUUGUGGUGCUGAUUCUCUAAAUCCGAUAAAAUAAAUAGUAAUGCUGUAAGUCAUUGAUGCGUGUGAAGGCAAUUUAAAUGUGGCGUAACAAUGGCGGACUCCGCCACUGAAAUAAAACCCCUAUACAGAGAACAGAAGUAAUGGAGGCAACAGCUGACUUUAUUCAUAUUGAAUGCAGGGUAGAAGUCAGUAUUGUGACAUGGUGCAAUUUUUGGGUGAUCUUUGCACCUGAUGUUUUAAAUAUGGAGGCACUGGGCGUCUGGGGGUUACUAGUAGAUCGCUAAUUCUGAGUCCUUGUCGCAUCGGCCCAGGUUCGAGUUGCGAGGGCUCUUUGCUGCGUGUCUUCCCCUUCCACUCUCUUUCUAUCAAAAAAUCAUUAAAAUGCACCCAAAGAUGUUGUUAAAAGAAAAUAAAUCUGGAGGCUUUAACAUAUACAGCAACACAAGGUUUUUGCCCCCUUGGUUGUUUUAUGGUGCAAUUGUCUUUAAUUUGGGGGAGUUUUUUUUUUUCAUGUGCCCUGAUUAUUUUGGACACUGAUUGAAACUGAAUUAAGAUUAAUUUGAAAUCACAAGUCUAAUCACAUUGUGGAUUUGGAGAAUCAUCAUGCCUUUAAUGGCUAAUUACUGAAAAAAUGCAGACAAUGAAUUGCAUCAAAACAAUUUUGAAUUCAUGGAAAUCUUAAGGAUUAUAACUUUAGAAAACCCACAUUUGACACUUGGCAGGUAGAUAAAGUCUUGUUUCUAGUCCAAGAGGCAGAACGCCUUGAACAGUAUCAUUCAGUUUUGAAAUCCAGCAGGUAGUUUGUCCUUCAAUUGCCUAUUUUACAAGUAAACCUGUGUGUCCACUUUUAUUUGUAAACAUUUUAAUCACAGUCACCAGCUCAGAUAGAAAGUCAGGGAAUAAAAGCAAUACACAUUGCUCUCUGGAUGCACUGACCGUAAGUGUAAUUCACUCGCUCUCAUUGAUGGAAUUUGCUUGUGUAUGAUCCAGUUUGUCAUAAAUUGUAGUUGUGAGCCUGCCUGGAGGGGGAAAAGCCUUACAGGGUAAAAUGUUAAAAUAUAGGACAGUGAAAAUGUUCAGCGAGGCCUGAAAGACCAUGAUAGAAAUUUAAAUUGUUGCAGCUGUGGACGGCGGAGUGUGAAGAGGACAUUUUACCUCUGGUGAUGAGAAUUUUAGUGAAGAAAGGAAAAAGGCCACUUCAAAGCAUUUAACACUAAAAAUGCCUUUGCUCAAAUGUGUUCAAAAGCCUUACUGUAUAUUUAUAAUACUUGCUUUUUGACAGAGAUGAAAGGACAUUUUGAACAUACAUGUUGCCAAACUGAAUGCUUAUAACGAAGAGGAGCAUCGAAGAAACCAUUUCAAGAGUAGAGCGUCAUCAAGAGUGACAUUUUCUUAGAGGCUUUUAAAAAUCACUGAAGUUUUUAAAAACAAUGUAAAAACAUCAUCAUAUGGAGCAACAGUUAUCCAGUUUACACGUACAGACACCAGCUUUUUUCUUUUUCUUGAAUUGUUCGAUAUGUUCUCUGUGGUCAGGUGGUUGCAAUUUGUCCUACUUCCUGUGGACCACAAGACUUUUUCUUUUUGACUGUGGUAUUUGUUUAAAGGGGAAUGAAAUAAAACAGUAUGUAUGUGACACAACUUUCUUUAGCUUUUGUGGAUAUUUUAUGUUUUGAUUUUCUUAGUUUUCUUUAUAUUUUUCUUUAUUGUAAGGUUUUACUCUGUGAGAAAAUUGACCUCUCAAUUUUAAAUCAGGGACAUAUUUGCUACUAUAUUGUCAUAAAAAACUUAUGAACAUUUUCUA